UCAUCACAAAAUUGACCACAGAGUAAAAGAGACAAGACAAAAAAAAAAAAAUGGGUCGAGCAACGAGAUGGUUUAAGGGUUUGUUCGGAAUCAAACCGUCCUCAUGUUCCGGUUCCGAUACCGGUGCCAUUUCCAACCGUCUUGACCGCUCUCUUUGCGACAGCUACGAGACCAUACCACCAAACAUCUCCGAGAAAGAAGCUGCGUGGCUAAGGUCGUUCUACGCGGCUGGUGAAGAGGAGAAAGAGCGUAGAACGCAUGCAAUAGCGGUUGCUGCGGCCACAGCUUAUGCCGCUGACGCAGCCCUUGCGUCUGCUAAAGCGGCUGCUGCGGUUGUUAGGCUCCAAGGUCAAGGAAAGAGUGGUCCGCUUGGAGGUGGAAAUACUCGUGAGAACCGUGCAGCUAUGCAGAUCCAAUGCUCCUUCAGAGGCUACUUGGCGAGAAAAGCUUUGAGAGCGUUGAAAGGAGUGGUGAAGAUACAAGCUUUGGUUAGAGGUUAUUUGGUACGGAAACAAGCGGCGGCGACUCUCCGGAGUAUGGAAGCACUUAUUAGAGCUCAAGCCACUGUUAAGUUUCAGAGAGCUCUCCGCCGUAUCGGAAAUGCUGCUCCGGCGAGAAAGUCCACGGAAAGAUUCUCCGGAUCUUUGGAAAAUCGAAACAACGGCGAAGAGACAGCUAAGAUAGUGGAGGUAGAUACAGGAACCAGACCCGGAACUUAUAGGAUCCGAGGACCCGUUUUAUCCGGGUCGGAUUUCUUAGACAACCCGUUUCGACGCACGCUCUCUUCACCUCUUUCCGGUCGCAUCCCACCGCGUCUGUCAAUGCCUAAACCCGAAUGGGACGAGUGCAGUAGCAAGUUCCCGACGGCACAGAGUACACCUCGUUUCGCAGGUGGGUCUCCGGCGAGGAGUGUAUGCUGCUCGGGCGUCGGAGCAGAGGCGGAGGUGGAUGCUGAGGCUGAUGCUAUCGCUCACCGGUUCUGUUUCUUGUCGGGAGAAUUUAACUCGGGUUACACGGCAGAUACAAUGUCGUUUAGGGCGAAAUUGAGGUCGCAUAGUGCACCGAGACAGAGGCCGGAGAGUAAUGCUACCGGCGGAGGAUUGAGGAGGAGUAUCGGUGGCGGUGUUCGGAUGCAGAGACCGUCGUGUUCGGGUGUCCGAGAAGCCGUGGUUGGGAAUAUCGAAAGGCGUAGAAUGCAUUGGUGAUUCUUAUUCUCGUGUAUCAAAUUUUCACAUAGUUUGAUACUCUUAAGAGUUUUGUAAGCUUCUUGACUGACAAAAUUCAAAACGUUCUUGUCUCUUGUUUGGGAUUUGCAUUGUGUAUUAUCGCAUUGAUAUUCAUUAUCGUGUAUUAAA